AUGCUGUUACUUGAACAGCCAGCUACGGAACAACUAUUACAAACAUACUUGAAUGAACAUAAUUUUAAUGUUGAAAAACAAACUGAAACCAUAGAUUUCAUAGAUGUAGAUUCAAAGAAUGAUAAUGAAGUUCAAGUUAUGUUAUCAACUAGUGAAAUUAUUCAAAUAACAUAUACUUGUACAUGUGAUAGUGCAAAAAAUAUUGUUAGACAUACAUUAAAUUUACCACUUCAUCUUUGA